GAUGCGUCCAGUCCAUACGGAUUAAAAUAAAACCUCCAGUGUAAACAUUUGUAAAUACUUAUCACUGUUGCUAACACAGAGAAGCGACAUGGAUCUAGCAGCCAAACAUGGCCUGGUGCUGCUUAACCAGCUGAGGAACAUGAGAGAGUCUGAGCAUUUGACCGAUGUGGUGUUGGUUGCUGAGGGCAUCAGUUUCCCCUGUCACAGGGUUGUUUUAUCUGCCUUCAGCCCAUACUUUCGAGUUAUGUUCACGUGUGGCCUGCGUGAAUGCAACAACAGACAAAUAUUCCUGCAUGACACCCCCGCAGACAGCCUGGCUCUUCUGCUAAACUACAUAUACUGUUCCGAUCUUCCUCUCACCAACUCCAAUGUGCAAGGAAUCUCCAUUGCAGCCUUUCUGUUGCAGAUGGAUGAAGUUGUCACUCGCUGUCAGCAGUACAUGAUGGAGAACAUGGAUGCCUCCAACUGCCUUGGAGUCUAUUAUUUUGCCCGUGACCUUGGUGUAGAAGAUCUGGCUGACCAUGCUCAGCGCUUCCUGCGGCAGAAUUUUGUUCAAGUCUGUCAAAAUGAAGAGGUGCUAGAGCUCGAGGCCCAUCAGCUAGGAAAGCUCAUAACAUCUGAUGACCUCAAUGUUUCACGAGAGGAGACCAUUUUAGAUAUAGUCCUCCGCUGGGUCAAACACAGCACUCUGGUGGAUGGAGAGCUACGUAUAAGGCAUCUCCCAGAGCUUUUGAGGAAAGUCCGUUUGCCACUGAUAAGCUCUGACUAUUUAAAAGAGACGAUGAAGAGAAACACUGUCCUGCUAGCCGAUGCUGAAUGUCUGGAGAUGCUGAAUGAAGCUUUGCAGAUCACAGAGAUGCACCCAUCAGCUGCACCACGUAAACUAAAACUGCGUUAUGGCAUGGAGACCACAGAUCUGCUGCUCUGUAUUGGUAAUGACGGUGGUGGAAUCAGGUCACGAUAUGGCAACUAUGCAGAGCACAGUUUUUGCUAUUCUCCAUGCACAGGCCGCACCUACUACAUUACUUCACCUCGGUAUGGACAAGCUCUGGGGUACGUGUGUGCUGGUGUUGUAACUGAAGGAAAUGACAUUAUAGUGUCAGGAGAAGCAAGUGCGCGCAGAAUGGCCCGACAAAAGAACAUGAAUGUGGAGAUUUGCAGGUACAAAGUAGAGUCUCAAGGCUCCUGGGAACACCUGACACCAGCAGAAUACAGAGAUUCUUACGCACUGGGAUCGGUGGGGGACACUCUGUACUUGCUGGGUGGACUUAUGAAGCUGAAGAACCAUUAUCUCAUCACUAACUCUGUGGAGCGAUUGUCUUUACAAGGCGGACCCUGGCGAACAGCAGCACCCCUCCCUAUGCCUUUAGCCUAUCAUAACGUGAUCAGACUGAAUGAUCGCCUGUACGUGAUAGGGGGGCGAACCCCACAGAUUAAGUCUUUGCACUAUGAGCACAUGCUCAUAUGCUGGAUGGGGGAGCAGGAUGAAUAUGCAAUACAUGGAGGCUGUGUGGUCACCCAUGGCAACAAGUGGAUUGCCAAUAAAUGGAUCAACAUUGAUCCAGACUACCAGCGCCAAGCUCGCUACCAGCAGCUGGUGUCAGAGCAGCCAGAGGAGAUGAUGAUGAUGAUGAAAGCCUGA